CAGAAAGAGACGCAGCAGAAGAAGAAGAUUUCCAAAAUGGCGGCUGAGCGACGAUGAAGCGAAAAUUAAAGUUGUCUGGAAAUUUCCGUGUCGAAUUUAAAAUGUUGCGUGAAUAAAGCCGCGGUUUGGUUGUGUUUUAGUCUAGUGCAGUCGCUGGAGAGGUUACACGAGCCGGUCUGUGUGGCGGUGAACGCGGUUUGGGGUUUUAUUUGGACAUUUUUGACGCCGUUUUCUUUUUGUGUGUGUGUUUGUGUUGAACCUGUUAAAGACUCCUAACCGGUCUGGGAAAGCAGUGUAUCGCUGACCGAGACUAAAACCCGCAGCAUGGAGGAGAAAAGGAGGAGCGGGAGGAGCAGGGAGAGGAGCAGCAGCAGCAGCAGCAGUAGCAGCAGCAGCAGUGGAAGUGAGUCGAGCAGCGGGCCUUCUUCCCCCGCCAGACCCGGAUCCGGAGCGGCCAAAGCGGGCAGCAGCAGCGCCGCCGCCGCCGGAGGAGGAGGGAGAGGAGGAGGAGGAAACGCCUUCGCCAAUGACGGCAGCUUCAUGGAGCUGUUCAAGAAGAAGAUGGAGGAGGAGCGGCGGAGAAAGGAGCUGGAGGAGGCAGGCAACGUGCCGGCGACUGAGGACAAGAAGCCCGUUAGCGUGGCCAGCUUUGUGGGCAAGCGCAGAGGCGGCGCCAAGCUGGCACUCAAGACCGGAGUGGUGGCCAAGAAGCAGAAACAUGACUCGGAGGCUGAGACGGGUAAAGGAGACGCCUGGUCUAAGUACAUGGCCGAGGUAAAAAAGUACAAAGCUCACCAGUGUGGAGACGACGACAAAACCAGACCUCUGGUCAAAUAGACUGUGGCUGAGCGGCGUGCGGUGCGACGUGACAUCUGACCUCCCCCUCCACAUUCAUACACUCUCACACACACCCACACACAGCCCAGGAUCAGUCACGCCCUGCGCCCUAUCCUCUGGUGUUUCCUGUCUUUCUCCUCUUUUGUUUAUAGGUUUCCAGUGUUGGCGUACCCAUCCUGUGCAGCGUGUGUCAGGUGAUCCAGAUGCUUUCUAAACACAUCAGUACGAGCCUCAUCUUCAUUAUCAGUGUUGAUGUUCUCGAGAGAGAUUCUCUGUGGUGUGUUUAAGUAUCUGGACUGAUGUCACACCCUUUUUCUUUUUUUUUUUUGGUGUUGUUUUUGUAUAAUUCUUUUGUUUGUUUCUCGAUAAUUCGAUGUCACCUGAAGUCAGUGGUUUAAAAGAAUAAAUAAAUAAAUAAAUAAUAAAAUGCUACGCUCUGAGUGGAGUGGUGGCCAGUCGGGAUUGUA